GGGAGGGGAGAACUCAGGGCUGACUGUUGUGGGAACCAGUUUAAAACCGUUGACGUGAUGCCGCCAGCGAAUUAGUUGCAGCUAGUCGGCCAAACCUUAAACAUGUCUCAAAGCGAUCGUCGGAAUUGUGUUGUUGUGAUUUGCCUUUUGGCCACACUCUCCCUGGUGUAUGCCCAGGGCACUUGGGGCGGCGGCAACGCAGCCGGCGCUGGCGCCUGGUCCAAUUCACAGCCCGGCGGAGCAGCUGGAAUGCAUCCACCCGGCAGCCUCGGUGGCCAGGAUCCACAGAUAAGCUACGGCUAUGCGGGCGUCGAUUCCCGAGGCGGGGCCUACGGCGGAGCUGCCGGCAAUGGGGGAUACUAUGUGAGCGGCACCGACGAGCAUGGACGUCCCUUCUCCUACAACGGCGGCGUCGGAGCUGGCGGACAACCGUUGCCCGGACAGCCAGGAUAUCGCAACUAUGGAUACUAUAACGGAUCUGGCGCUUUAGCCGCAUCUCUGAGCAUGGCUCUGGCCAUGGCUUUGCUUGCCUCCAGAUCAUAGAGUGCAUUCUCUAUAAGCAUCAACAAUCAUUCUAUUUUUUUUUUUAGUGUUUAUAAGUUUAAUUUAUACAAAUGAGAUACCAAAAUUUAUUGUGAGUUCUGCAGCAAUAAAAACUGAGUUUGUAUUAGGCGCUAAGCAAAUCGCAAGUUGAUUUUAUUUGAGCUGCUGCAUCAUCAUUUUUUUUUUUUAAUACGCAAUAGAAGCGUUGGGCUUUUAGAAUUCAAUUUGUAAUGAAGCCAGGCGCGUGUAAUUACAAAGUAAUUAAUGAAACUGCGAAACUCACUUGGAAGCAAACCUCACGACUAUUUUUUUUAUUUUGAAUACAUUAAAUUGCAAAUCUCUGGGAAGCAUAUUGCGUUUCUACAUUUCCAUUAAUUCCGAAAUGAGUGGCCAUUAAUUAACGUCAAUUUACGAGCACUGCAAUAACAAUGUGAAACAAUUAAUGAAUAAGAGAAUAUUUCUACCAGAUCAUUUGAUAAACUCACUAAAAUCAAGCUUGAACUUGAACUCUCUACAAAAUAUAAAUUCAGUAUUCGCAAACAUAUAAAAAGUUAACUCGAUCACAAGAAAAAA